AUGGGGCCUGCCGGUUGUCGCUGUCAUUGGCGGCCUCCCGAACCGCAAGUGCCCCUGGUAGGCCUGUUCGGUUGUGUGGACGAAUUCAAUCUGGCCGGACACAACUUCGACGUGGGCGCAUCCAAGCGACCCAAUUGUCCUCAGUGCUUCAUUCUGGAUUCCGCGGCUGCUCACGUUAGGCCACAGAUGGCCAGCUUUCUAACCUCGGGGCGACGCAGACCGAUAUCGAUGAAAUUCCAGCCGCUGAACAAUGCUAAACUGCGUUGGAGACUAUCCUUUGAGGUGCUCUACAAUCCUGGCGAGGUCAGCGAAGCCAGCUUGUUUGUUCUUGUCUUCCGAUCACCCCUCGAUGAUAACGAAGUUCGUCUCUGGAUCCACUUAAAACGACGAAAGGUAAAAGUGCUUGCUUUUAUGUGUCAUGACUUGCGGGUUACAUUUAAGUUUGCGUUUUGUUACAGCCCGCAACUGUAUGUAAUGGAAACACCCAUCCACCUCAGGCGAACGAUCAGUUAG